CAUCAUCUGAUGUGCAGGCUGUUGAUGAAGUUAUUUCUGAAAGGAAAAUUACAUCAUUAAACAGUAUUAUGUAGACUUAUAGAGGAAGCAAUAAGGUUUUAAAUUUCAUUAUCAAGAUGACCCAGGCAGAAAUCAAGUUGUGUUCCCUCCUGCUACAAGAACAUUUUGGGGAAAUUGUGGAGAAGGUUGGGAUUCACCUUAUAAAAACAGGCAGCCAGCCUCUAAGACUCAUUGUUUCUGAUACUGGGACACCACUUCAACAGGUAAAGAAGGCUCUGUGUGUGCUGAUUCAGCAUAACUUUGUAACAUACCAUCUGCACAAGCGAGGUUUUGUGGAGUAUGAGGCUCAUCCCUCCCUGGUGCUUCGCUUCUUGAGGUAUCCCCGCUACAUUUACAAUGCAAAAACUCUGUAUGGAGACAUAGGGGAGCUGCUUGUGGAGGAGGUGCUACAGAAUGGAAAUAUGCAGAUGAGCUGUGUUGUCAAGAAAGUCUCUGACAGACUGACUGAAACCAUGGAAGAUGGUAAAACAAUGGAUUACAGUGAGGUUUCAAACAUCUUUGUGCGCCUGGUGGACACCCAUUUUUUGAAGAAAUCCCCUGUGGUUAGUGAAUCCGAAAUUACUUCAGAAGCUACCCCUCCUGCAGCUAUGCCUACCCUCACAGUUGAUGAUAAAGACAUGUAUGUUGUACCCAAACUUAACUUGAUAGGGAAAGGAAAAAGAAGGAGAUCAUCUGAUGAUGAUACAGAACCACAAGCAAAACGAAAGAAGCAGAACCAAGAGGAUGGAGAGUGUUCUCCAGAUGAUGGUGUUUAUUGGGAGGUCAAUUUUGAACGAUUCCAUCAGCAUUUCCGGGACCAGGCAAUAGUGAGUGCUGUAGCAAGUAAACUGGACCAGACCAGUAGUGAAAUUGUGCGCACUAUGUUACGGAUGAGUGAGGUCACAACGUCCUCUAAUGCCCAGUAUACUCAGCCACUUUCUUCAAAUGAGAUCUUUAGAGCACUUCCAUCUGGAUAUAACAUCUCCAAACAGGUUCUAGACCAGUACCUGACUCUGCUAGCAGAUGAUCCGAUGGAGUUUGUUUGCAAGACUGGAGACAGUGGUGGAGGAAUGUUUGCCAUAAAUCUUCACAAAGCCCUUGCUUCUUUGGCAAGAGCAACAUUGGAAUCUGUAGUACAGGAAAGAUUUGGCUCACGAUCUGCUCGUAUAUUCCGACUGCUGUUGCGUAAAAGACAUUUGGAACAGAAGCAGGUGGAGGACUUUGCAAUGAUCCCAGCAAAGGAGGCCAAAGACAUGUUGUAUACCUUACUGUCUCAAAACCUUGUGUCCCUUCAGGAGCUUCCAAAAACUCCAGACCAUGCACCAUCUAGGACCUUUUAUCUUUAUACUGUGAAGACACUUCCAACUGCCUACAUGCUACUUCAGAAGUGUUACAAGACUAUAGCCAACUUAAUUGAACGAAGGCAGUUUGAAACCAAAGAAAACAAGCGCCUGCUGGAAAAGUCACAGCGCAUUGAAGCAAUAAUAGCAUCCAUGCAAGCAACAGGAGCAGAAGAGCAGCAGCUUCAGGAGAUUGAAGAAAUGAUCACAGCACCCGAACGGCAGCAGUUGGAAGACCUCAGGCGGAAUGUGAACAAGUUGGAUGCCAGUGAAAACCAAGUGGAUGAAACCAUGUUCAUUCUGGAGUCUUACAUUGCAACAACACACAGCAAAGCCUGAGUGUGUUUAUCCCAAUAGACUUGAGAACAUUUCAGUUUGACAUGUUAAAUGUGGUGGGACUCGGACUCUGGUCACUGUUUGUAUUUCUCUUUAUGGACUUAAUAUAUUUUGCUUCCUUGGUGAUCUGUUAUCAAGAAAGAGGAACACUAAACGUCUUUAUUCAACCUGUUUUACUUAUUUAAAGAUAAAAGGCAUUGUAAUUUGUAAGAAAAAAGGUAAUGCAGACUGUUGCCACCAGUGGAGUGUAAGGCUUUAUAUUUUAAUGUAUAUGUUGGAUAUGCAAAGUGUAAGUUUGGUCAACUUGCUAUUAGUCAAGCCUUAAAAAUACAUAUUGUAUAUAUCGUUUUAUUUUUUUUUUCUUUUAAUAAAGACUGGUUAAUUAAAAUCUU